AUGCCCGCAUCGCGCAGAGGAUCCGGUGUCACGACGCUGCCCUCGGGCAUGACGCUCGCCUACCACACUCGCAUUCAGGGCGAAGAUGACCUCCCGCAUGCGACCAAAAAGACGAUGGCGGACCACCUUCGCAAGUACGAGAGUCUGUUCACCCUUACUCCCCAACGCAUGCGCAUGAUAGUGGAGGCCUUCAAGGAGACUCUGGAGCUUGGCCUCGAGAAACCGGGACAGACAGUGCCCAUGAUCCCAACAUACGUCUUUGGCUGGCCAACUGGGGAUGAGACCGGGGAGUUCCUUGCAGUGGAUCUCGGUGGCACAAACCUUCGUGUCUGCCUUGUCACUUUGCAAGGCGGUGGAAAGUUCGAGGUCACCCAAUCCAAGUACAGGCUCACGGAGGAACAGAAGCAGGCCGAUGGUCAAGCCCUGUUCGACUUCUGUGCAGACUGCUUGAAGACGUUCAUCGACGCCAACUUUGAUGAGAACUCGCUCAAGCCCAACGAGCUCUUGCCUCUUGGUUUUACGUUCUCGUACCCAUGCACUCAGGAACGUAUCGACCAGGCAACACUGAUUCGAUGGACCAAGGGCUUCGGUGCUGCCAACACUGAAGGUCGCGACGUGUCGGAGAUGUUCAAGGAGAGCCUGGCCAAGAAGAACGUUCCGGUGGAGGUCACGGCAGUCAUUAACGACACAACGGGCACACUCAUUGCUUCGGCGUAUGUCAACCCUCGCACACGUCUCGCGGUCAUUUUCGGCACUGGCUGUAAUGCCGCGUACAUGGAGGACAUCAAAGGUAUUCCGAAGAUCAAGCACCUGGGACUGGACGAUAGCGCUCAGAUGGCGAUCAACUGCGAAUGGGGUGCAUUUGACUCUUUCAAGCACGAGCAUCUCCCGCGUACAAAGUACGACGUGACCAUCGAUCAGACAUCCAACAAGCCCGACGAGCAGGCUUUCGAGAAGCUAAUCUCCGGUCGCUAUCUUGGCGAGAUCCUCCGUCUGGUCAUCUGCGAGCUCAUCGACGAGGGUGUGCUCUUCCUGGGUCAGAACACCUACAAGCUUGAGAUUCCGUAUGCGUUCGAUACGGCCUUCCUGUCUCUCAUGGAGAGCGACCCUACAGAAGAGCUUCUCAUGAUCAUUGGCAUCUUCAGUCACUUCUUCGCGCUCGAGACCACACUUGCAGAGCGCCAGUUUUUCCGCGCACUUGCGCGCCUUGUUGGGCGCCGCGCAGCCCGUCUGAGCGCCUGCGGCAUCGCUGCAGUUGUCAGCAAAAUGGGCUAUUUGGAGGACGGAUGCUCCGUCGGCGCCGACGGCUCUCUGUACAACAAAUACCCGGGAUUCGCAGACCGUGUACACGAAGGCCUGCAGGACAUCUUCGGUGACAAGGGCAAGAACAUCAUAACCUACCACGCCGAAGAUGGCAGUGGCGUCGGUAGCGCGAUUAUCGCAGCCAUGACGAAGAUUCGGAAGGAGAAGGGCGUGUAUACUCACGUCUGA